UGGUGUGUUUUAUUAUUAUUUCUGCCAUGACUUAGAGCAAUUCGCCACGAGUAGACGCCCGAUCUAUCUCUUCCGUAGAAGAGAAUUAAUUACACACAGAAGCGCGUGGAUUACCUACAGCUCCAAUCAGAAAACACAUUUUUUAAACGUGCCUGCUGUGGGUUCCUCACAUUUACGAGUAGAGAAUGAGUGGGUGGAUAGAAAAAUUGCGUAGAGUAUCGAACUCUGGAAGUAAGCAGGGGAGAAGUGUUGUUGUGCUGCUAUCCACUGAUGUCAGAGAAAGAGAAGGGAGAGUUUGUAUGCCAAACACAAUGGAGCAAGCAGCUCUAAGGAGGAAGGAAGAGAAAAGACAAUUUUGCAAUGAUGUGCUAUUCACUAAGGAGAUGACAGAGGAGGAUGUAAAGAGGAAACUGCUUUCCCAUUUUGCAUAUUUGGAAGAUCAAAGUUUCUAUUGUGCCUCUGCUGUUGAUGGGCGAACAAGGCUUGAUUUUCAUGGUGAGCGGAGAGUGUGGGAUGGACGCUUUAUCAACAGGACCAUCAGGGGAAAUUCAGCUCUAUACAUCUUAACUGAGAUGAAAGCUGAUGACUUGUCAGGAGCAUUACAAAAGCUAUCUAAUGAACAGGCCAGUCAUUCAGCAGGGGAAGCAUCUCUUGCUUAUAUAGGGCACUCCACAUCUUUGCAGAUGCCAACAUCCUCACAGAUACCAGAAUCCACCUUGCACUCAAAUCAGAAAAGGGCACCUGUUAAAAGAAAGAACGAUCAGGGUGCAGAGCAGGGAUUUCUUAUGGUGCAGCCAGUUGUUUCACCCCCAGUAAAACAUAAAAAGGGGAAUUAUUAUUUGGUUCAUGUACCAGCAAAUGGGCAAGCACUGAAUCAGAUGUUGCCUCAAAAUCAACUGGCUAAAGUAACAGCAGCUCCAAAUAACAGAAGUGCAACUCAGACUGUACAGCUCCCAUCAAAUUCAGCAACACAAACUUCAAUGCAAAGAACUGUGAGUCCAGGCCAGCUCCCAUUGCAAAUGCAUUUACAUUUGCAGCAGAAUCAGUCUCCUGCAGGUCUCGCACAGGGACAGCAUCAAUUUGUGGCUCCACAAGGCAAUCCAUCUUCAGCAACAGGAGGAAGUUCCCAGCAAGUGUUGGUACACAGAGAAGGAGGAGAUCUUUCAAAGAUGCCCCCAGGAGGUUCAAGUGUUCUGGGGCAGAUAGAUUCAGGAUGUGAGUCAAGUAAAGAUGACUGUACCGAUUAUGAGUCGUGUGAGUCUGAGGAAUCGUCUGUGCAUCCUUCUGCUGAAAUGACUCCUGACUGGGCAUUCACAAGGGAAAAGAAAAAGUUCACAGUAUCUUUUUCGGAUGAACUACCACAUGAUGCUAUAUCAUAUAAGGCUGAUUUUGAAGGUCUUGAAGUAGCUGACCUGACACGAAAAAACCCUUACACUUUGAUUGGGCAUAAUCCAAUCAGUCAAAUCCAACGUGAAGUAAAAGUAAGAAUAAUGAUACAGACUGCAAACGACGGAUUUACGAGCUUUAGAGAGGAUUUAAAGUUCACAUACAAAGAUAAGAUGAGUGAAUUGUUGAAAGAGGUUUUGGCAAGUGAAAAAAACAGAAACGCGGCCUUGGAAGGUCUCUGCAAAGGGUUGCAAAGCGCAUCAAGUGGAUCUGACGAUUUAAACGUUUUUCGUCUACCAGAAGCUGGUACGUCCACCAAAAGUGACAGCGAUGAAUUAAAGUCAGUUAAACUUUUAACCAUGCUCAUCUACAAAGCUGCACAAAUCAAUAGCCUAGAAUUUGUGGAUGUUAUCUUCAGCACUUCAGUUGGAAAAGUGGUAUUUAGUCAUUAUAAAAACAAUCCCACCUUACCUGAAGAUGUUGCAAGAGCUAAUGGACAUACAAUCCUAGGGAAUUACUUAGAGAAUGUGAGCAAAAGUUUAUCAAAAGAACGGAUUGAAGACAAAAGUGACACUGUGAAUUGGCUAGAACUUGAGCAGGCCUUGGAUAAAAAACAGGAUCAACUUUCCACACCAGGUACUGAUGACGUUCAACCGCCAAAUUAUUCUGAAAGUGAUGAGAAGCAGCGUGACUAUGAUGGAGAUGAUGAAGCAUCAAAUGUAUCAUCACCAUUUAGCGAGGCAACUGAUCCGGGAUGUGAGGAUGAAGACCCUGCCGCAUCAAAUCAAGCAAAAGCAGAGACACAACGAGAUCAAAAGGAAGAGGAAGGAAAAGGUAUUGAAUCUUUGUUCACAGAUGACGGUGAUGUUGCGAAGUAUAUGGAACCUCCAUCGCAAACUGAAGAAAGCAUGAAGAUAUUCAGACUUGCGAAGACCUCCUGGAUCGACUGCGAAGACUUGAACAAGGUUCAAGGGCACUAUGCUAAGGAAGAGACUGCCUCUGCUUCAGAAAAGAUACCUAGUGUCCUGUCGAACCUCAAGUUAUCAAUCCAGGCUGGUGAACCCACUGUUCUUACGCACUCUCCGAGAAGAGGAGAGCCAACCGAGGUCACAGAUCAUGGAAGUUAUAAAUCAAUUCUAGUUUCAAGUCCAUUAACUCUCGAAAGUGAUCACAUUAUGGAAGACGCUACACAUGAAAACAGUGUUAGCGCACCUCGACUUAAUUUUACUUUUCCAAAAUUAAUGGAUCUUCCCAACGAAUACACUGAGUGGAACGAUAUCAAGCUUCCAAUUGAUAUUCUGCUGUUGGUAUGUGACGACAAUGAGUUCUUAGCCUGUUUCUUUUAUCUUGAGAAACCCUCUAAGACUUACCACAGAGACAUUGGUCACGCCUACUUUGGGUUCAUGGGUAAUGGCAAUAAGAACAAAUUGAAGAUUACAGUGAUGAAGUGUUCCCAGGGUUGUGCAGGGCCUGGAGGCAAUUAUACUUAUGUGACAAGUGCAGUACGAGUAUUGAGACCAAAGGCCGUGUUUCUAGUUGGAGCGUGCAGUGGUUUGGAUUGCAAGAAAACCAAACUAGGAGAUGUAGUGGUUUCAUCAAAAGUGAUAACAAACACCCACCAAAUUUCUGCCAGCCGGCACAUGCGCAACUUCAUGAGACAUGUCGCUGACGGCUGGAAUCCACCCUUGAAAGAUUCAAUUGAACAAGAAGUUAUGGUGCACUGCGGUGGGGAUGUUCUUUGUAGAUCAGAGGCUGUCUCUGAGGAUGUAGCCUUGAAACACCCGGAACUGAUUGCUGUUGAGAUUGAGGGUGAAGAUGUCUAUUCAGCAAUCCAUGACUUGCAGGUAGAGUGGAUUUUCGUGAAGGGAGUCAAAGACCACAUAAAUGGUGAUCAAUCUUCACGUGAUAAUUGGGGAGUUUUCGGAAGUGUUAUGGCGGCUUCUGUUGUGGCCAAUAUUUUGCAUGAUCCUGUGAUUUUCAAAGAAUGGUGCCAUUCAGGAGAAGAAGUCGAGAAUGGGCCCGCUAUGAAAGAUGCCACGCAGGACUAUACUGUCAGCCCCCCACGACUCAGUUUCGCUCUUCCAAAUUUGACGAAUCUCGCUAAGGGAUACUCAGAGUGGAAAGAUGUCCAGUUUCCAAUUGAUAUUCUGUUGAUGACAUUGGAGGACAACGAGUUCCUAGCCUGCUAUCAUUAUCUUCAUAAACCCUUUAAGACUUACCACAGGGACAUUGGUCACGCCUACUUUGGGUUCAUGGGUAAUAGCGAUGAGAACAAACUGAAGAUUACAGUGAUGAAGUGUUCUCAAGGUUGUGUAGACCCUGGAGGAUAUUUUUCUUUUGUGGAAAGUACAGUACGACUAUUGAGACCAAAGGCUGUUUUUCUAGUUGGUGCGUGCAGUGGUGUGGAUUGCAAGAAAACAAAACUAGGAGAUGUAGUGGUUUCAUCAAAGGUAACAACUCAGACCCACCAAAUUCCUUCUAGCAGACAUAUUUGCAAGCUCAUCAGACAUGCUGCUGACGGCUGGAAUCCACCCUUGAAAGAUCCAAAUGAUCGAGAAGUGAAGGUACACUGCUGUGGAGAGGUUAUUUGUAAACCAGAGGCUGCCACUGAGGAUGUAGUCCUGCACAAACCGGGAGUAAUUGCUAUUGAGAUUGGAGACGAGGAUGUUUAUUCAGCAGUCCAUGACUUACAGGUAGAGUGGAUUUUCGUGAAGGGAGUCAAAAACCACAUAAAUGGUGAUCAAUCUUCACGUGAUAAUUGGGGAGUUUUUGCAAGUGUUAUGGCGGCUUCUGUUGUGGCCAAUAUUCUGCAUGAUCCUUUGAUUUUCAAGGACUGGUGCCAUUCAGGAGAAGGGAAGAGAAUUUCCAGCUUGAGCCAAACUUUAAGGAAGGAUGACAUGGGGGUGUCGUCUGUUAGAAGGAUUGCCAAACUUCCAGAGACACCUUGGAGUAAUCCACGUACUUCUCAUUCCGCAGAAAGUUCCGUAAAGGAAGGCAUUUGUUGGUUGUCAUAUUUAAAAUCAACAAUCCUUUUAUGGAUAAUUGUACUUUGGCAGCUAUUUUGUGGUAAAUAUCAUCGCCCUGUUGAAGGAGGUGAGUUUUCUGGAGUGCCACAGCAAGAGUCUGUUCCAAAGCAAGCAGAGACAGUCAGUGAAACACCGCAGCAAGAGCAUAUUCCGAAGCAACCAGCCAACGUGAUGGCGCCUUCUCAAGAGUCAGAGGAUGAUCUUGAUUACAAGGCAGAGUCUGGUUACGUGUUAGUGAUAAACAACUUCAUCUUCCCUAAAAGGUCGGACGUUGCACGCGUUGGAUCAGCGGAAGACGUUAAAAAUCUCCGUAGUCUCUUUGAUGAUUUCAACUUCAAAACCCGAAUUGAAGAGAACUUGACUCAAAGUCAAAUGGUGGAAACACUCAGUGAAACUGCAGAGAAAGACUUGAACAGAUAUGAUUGUUUUGUUUGCGUAAUCCUUACCCAUGGUUCCAAAGAUGGUGUUUAUGGCACUGAUGAUGCGGUCAUUAGAAUUGAAGCAAUCACUUCCUAUUUUCGGCGAGACGCAUGUCCAUCUCUCGAGGGGAAACCAAAGAUAUUUCUGAUCCAAGCUUGCCGUGGCAGUCAACAGGAUAGGGUACCUAUUGAGAGCGACAGCUUCCCCGUUCCAUGUGCAAGCUCUUCUCUGCCAGCUGAUGCCGAUUUUCUGAUCUGCUUUUCCUCUGCCCCUGGUCAUGAAAGCUACAGGCACCCAGAACAUGGUACCUGGUUCAUUUCAACGGUUGUGGAAACUUUCAAAAAGUAUGCAGAAAGAGAGGAUCUCUUGAAGAUGAUGUUGAGAGUCAACUACAGUGUUGCAAAUUAUUUCAGCAAAUCAGGCCUCAAGCAAAUUCCUUGCCAAGUCUCCAUGCUGAGAAGGAAAGUGUAUUUUAAUCCAAAAUAUAAGCCAUCAUUAGCAACCAAUGAAGGUUUCGCUGAUUAGAUGAUUUUACAUGAAACAUUGAACACCUGACAGGAGCUCAGGCGAAACAUUUGUGGGAGGUUAUGUUUAAUAACAUAUCGUUAGUUUUUCAACGCGUAGUUCGUGUACUUUUCAUUUAUGUUUUGUUCUGGUCAAUUUUUAACCAAUUGAUCCUUCGUUAGUUGAUGAUUACUACUGAAUGAUUUCGUUAUUUCAAUCGGUUCAGAUUUUAUUUCAAGUUAUUAUCUGCUAUCAAGUUAUUAUUCGCUAUCAACUUAUUAUUUGCCAUCGUAAGGAGCUAGACCAGAGUAAGUUUUUCUUUAUUUUACGUUUACGAUGUUUUCCUUUUAUCUGUGUUUUUCUUCACUUCUUGCACUCACUUCUGUUUAUAAUCACUUCAAUGUGAGUUAAGUCAGUGUUUCAUUUCCCAGGGUAUUUUUCUCAGUUUAGUUCCUCUUGAAUUUUUUUUUUUUCUAGUUCGAACCACAAAUUCAGCCACACAAAUUCAGAGACACAAAUUCAGCUACAACCUUCAAACAUAACCUCGCAACUUCAAUCGAAACUUCACCCUUUUCAUCCGUUUAAUGCAACGCAAUUUCGCACCGAUUUCACUAUUCCAAUUUAUAAUUUUGAUUACCAACUGUUUUUAAUUAAACCUUGAUUUCUACUGUGCGUGUUAAUUGUCUACUCCGCUCCGCUAGUAACCUUUGGAGGUUACGCAUACGAGAAUUCAAAGUAACUCUUCUUGUUGUAUAUUUAAGGGAAACCUUUCAAAAAUGAUUUCACAAAUGAAAAUAUACUUGUGAACAUGCACGGAUUAACAGCUAACAAAGCUUUCAAAAUGCACUUCAAGUUGUUUGGACAGGUAGUAAUUUAAAUUUAAAUUACUAGUAAUUUAAAUUUAAUUAAAAAAAAAACCAUUCGAAUUGUGCAUAGUAUUAUGUUAAAAAAAUUGAGGAUCUAUUAUACAUGGUUAAAUAUAUCAUGGUUUGUGAUAACUAUACGAGUAAUCAAUACCUGUUCUUCACUAAAAUUAAAUACAAAUAAAUUGCUUAAAAAAAUUGUUCCACAAUUUUCUGCUACACACGUUUCCAGGUAUACGCUAAGAUCGC